AUGGCUGCCCGCCAAGAAGACUCCACCACUAAGCCACCCGUCUUCGCCGACGGCUCGGAAGCAAAGGCGCCGAGCAACGCAAAUGCUACAGAGGUUAUGAAAUCUUUCGAAGGAUUUCUCUCCUUCGUUCUCAGCCUUUCUAUCUUCGGUGCAUCAACUUUCGCCGUCAUCGUGUCAGAAAUCGCAAACCCUAGCGAGCUUGGAGCGAAUCCACGCUUUGCCCGUGAAACCGUUCGAACCCUGCUUGGCAUUUCCUGGUUGCUCUUCAUCGUUGCGCUUUAUUUGGUGGCUAUGUCCAUGAGCCUCCUAGCAUUUCAGCGAGAGCAUGCGAAGCCAUCGUCCGAUGGCAUUGGCAAACAUACAUGGGAGCGCCUAGGGCUUCUGGCAUCGUCUUUUAUCCAGCUCUUGGUAAUUGCGGCAUUUUUGUUCCUUUCGCUUGUUCUUGUGGCAUACACUCCAACGGUUGGAUGGGUUGCAGUUGCAUUCACUUCUAUAGCGGCAGCCUUCGCCUUUGUAUCACUCGUCGUUCAAUGGAUGUAA